GUUGAAGCUGAAAGUGACUCUGUUAACGAUCGUGAAUGAAGGACAAAUGUGGAAUAUUUUCUUCGGAUGUCGUAUAUUUCCAGUCUGCAGAUCUGGUCCUGUGGGCGUCAGUAUCACACAGUGAUCACAGUUCACACCUGCUGUGAAGCCCCUCCCACAACAAUUCACCAAUAAAUACUGGGAAUAUUCCCAUCAUCCUACAAAAGAAGGACAAACUCCAGGAGUAGCAGCUGAAAUCUGUGUGACUGUUAAAGAUGGAGUUUAUUAAAGUGGAGAUUGAAGACAUGAGUGAUCCAGAACCAUCCAGAAUAAAACAUGAAGAUACUGAAGAACAAAUAGACCAGAUGGAAGUGAAGGAGCAAAUACUGAAACUAAAUGACGUCAAUAAAUACUGUGACUUCAAAAGUCAAGGAAGAAAAGCCAAAAAGCUGCACUCCUGCUCUCAGUGUGGAAAGAGUUUCCAAAAAAAAUCAAAUCUUAACACACACAUGAGAAUUCACACUGGAGAGAAACCGUAUCCAUGCACUCAGUGUGGAAGGAGUUUUUCUCAAGCAUCAGCUCUCAGUGUUCAUCAACUCCGUCACUCUGGAGAAAAACCAUUUAACUGUGACCAGUGUGGUAAAGAUUUUAAGUCAUCAUCAAGUCUAAAACAACACCUGAAAGUUCAUUCAGAUGAGAGGCCUUAUGUGUGUUCUCUCUGUGGAAAGAGUUUUUUAAGGCUGGACAAUUGUAAACAUCACCAGAAAACACAUGAUGAAGUGAGAGAUCUUGUGUGUUGUGACUGUGGGAAGAGCUUUACAUUUACCCAACUGAAACGGCACCAAAGAAUUCAUUCGGGAGAAAACCACUGUACUCAGUGUGGAAAAAGUUUCACAAAUAAAGGAGACCUUAACAAACACGCAAGAAUUCACACUGGAGAGAAACCGUAUACAUGCACUCAUUGUGGAAAGAGUUUCACAAAUAAAGGAGACCUUAACAAACACGCAAGAAUUCACACUGGAGAGAAACCGUAUGCAUGCACUCAGUGUGGAAAGAGAUUUUCUCGUGCAUCAACUCUCAAUAAUCAUCUGCGUAUUCACUCUGCAGAAAAACUAUUCAACUGUCAUCAGUGUGGUAAAGAUUUUAAUUCGUCAUCAAAUCUAAAACAACACCUGAAAGUUCAUUCAGAUGAGAGGCCUUAUGUGUGUUCUCUCUGUGGAAAGAGUUUUUUAAGGCUGGACAAUUGUAAACAUCACCAGAAAACACAUGAUGAAGUGAGAGAUCAUGUGUGUUGUGACUGUGGGAAGAGCUUUACUAGAGAUGACCAUCUGAAACUGCACCAAAGAAUUCAUACUGGAGAAAAACCUUACAAGUGCUCAUACUGUGACAAGAGUUUUACUGUGUCUGGAAACCUGAAAUCACACGAGCGACUUCAUACUGGAGAGAAGCCGUACUACUGUACUCAGUGUGAGAAAUGUUUCAAACAUUUAUCAAGCCUUUACAAUCAUAGGAAAAAAUGUUGCACAUGAGCAACAAUCUUUUUAAUGCCAAAUACUUCACUGUGAGAUAAAAAAGUGAAAAUCUUGGGAAACUAGAAAGGCUUGAGAUUCGAAGCUUCACCAGUCAACAACUCUUACAG